AUGGCUGAUAACGAAUUAACAAGAAUAUCGCGGAAAUCACAAUAUCUCCCAAAUGACAUCACUCUGGACACACCGGCCGAACCCGAGAAGCUUUUGCACCCAUCUUUGCGAAAGUCAAUUAAAUACUGUGAAGAAUCAUCCCCAAAUGACAUUGAAAACAUCGAAAGUCAAAAUGGUUAUCGCAUAUUUACGGAUGGAAGCAAACACGAUGAAAAGGAAAUUGCCAAUCCAAAUAGUUAUAACUCUCUCGUCGUGGUAAUCCACAAAAUCUUACACCAAUGUCAAACUAAAAAUCUUAGUAUUAAACUCCUCUGGGUAAAAGGACACUCGGGCAUCCCUGGAAAUGAAACAGCAGAUCUAGCCGCCAAAAGCGCUGCCACUUCUCACCGUGCAUACGAUUUCACUCAAUUUCCUAUGAGCUACAUCAGACAUAUAAACAGUCAACGCACAGCCGCUGAAAUGAAAUCAUUUUAUUCUCAAAACAACCAAUCCAUUUACACCAAAUAUUUGCUUCCAACAUAUGAAGAUCUUACGAAAUUUACUCAACUAUUAAAGCCUAACUUUGCAAUGACACAGUUCCUCAGCAAUCAUGGGUACCACAAAGAGUAUUUACACCGUUUUAAAAUAACAUACGAUGACAAAUGCCCAUGCGACUCAUCCAGUAUUCAAUCUAUGGCACAUCUUGUUCAGCGGUGCCCUGUAUUCAGUAGAACUCGGGCAAAUCAUGAGAUCGCAUGCACACUGCUUAAAAUUAAACCGUAUGAUAUGACUGAGAUAAUUAGUAAGGAAAGCAGCGUUGAAUCCUUUAAAAACCACAUUACUCAUAUUGUUAAUAAUCUUAAAAAUCUCAAUGGAAGUAGGUAG